AACCCGAUGUGUUCACCUCCGAUUCACAGUCUCUGGAUUGAAUUCUACUUUCCAACUUGAAAGGUUUCUUUCUCCCUGCACGGGCGCCUGUUUAUUCACCGAAGGAUUAACUGAACAGUGAAAGUCCUUCAAUUGUUGCAUGAAUAAACAUUUCCAUUGACACACAAUUUGCACAGGUAGUUCUUGGAUUACUGGAAGUCACACAUACAGUGUGGGGAUGAGGUGGCUUGCAGUCGGAUGAGUAAAGAGGUUGCAGCAAUCAUGAGUAACGGUUUCUCAGAAGACCAGUUUUCAGAGUUCAAGGCUGCGUUCUCGCUCUUCGACAAAGAUGGCGACGGGACAGUGACCAGCGAUGAACUGGCGGUGGUGCUGAGGUCAAUUGGCCUCAACCCGACGAAGAGGGAGCUAGACAAGAUCAUCAAAGAAGCUGACGCAGACGGUAACAACACGAUCGAGCUGAAUGAGUUCCUAGCAACCAUCAGUCAAAAGAUGGUGCAAGAGGAGAAAGGUCGAGCCGAUGACGACAUCAUGACGGAACAGGAAAUCAAGAAAACCUACGAUAUUUUCGACAGCAAUGGGAAUGGUUACAUAAGCGCCUGUGAUAUCCGUCGGGUUGGCGCCCUCUACGGUGAGUGUUUCACAGACGAAGUGGCCAAUCAGAUGAUCGGAGAGGCCGACACAGAUGCCGAUGGGCGUGUCACGUAUCGAGACUUCCUGAAAAUGAUGAGGUCAACGUAGAGCGGAAUACAUCCAGCACUGUCCCCAAGGGAGGAAACGGCAAUACUAAAUGUCUCAAAUAGACCAGCUGUGGUUGCAGGAAACUGAACCACACGUAUAGCACUAAUUGUAUAUUUCUAGAAGUUGUACAGUGAAUGUGAAACAUAGAUUAGACAUUUUAACGAACUCAUAUUUAUUUUAUUCUAUAAAGUUCUUAAUAAUGAUGACGAUUAAAAGGCCACUUUAUGGUAUUUGUAUAAAGACAUCAGAGUUUUUAGAAAUGUGUUAAGGAUAUUUUUUUCUAACGGCAACGCUCUAGGAUGUUAGUAUUUUUGUAUUUAUGGAAAACAAUGUAUAUUGGUACACUGACGAAUAAUAUAAUUGGAAUGGUGCUUGUAAUUAAAAUAAGCGUGUGUAACGAAA